AGAUACAUACCUAUUAAACAAACAACAAAAUCAAAACCAAGUCUUAAACAAUUGAUAGAAGAAGUGGAUCAAAUAAAACAUAACUUAAAUUUUGUUGAAAGUCCUCAAACAGUAAUACCAUAUUCUAUUGAAACACCAAGUGAAAGUCCAGUUGAAGAAUACUAUUCAGGAAUAGAAAGACUUGAAGAAGAAUUUCAGAAAUUUGAUAAAGAAAGACUACAAUUAAUUGAAGAAUCAAGAGAAGUCAAAGUGGCAGAAGAUCAAGAAAGAAUGGCAAACCAAAUAUUAUUCAAACCAAAAAUAUUUUAUGGGGAUGAAAAGGAAGAUCCAGUAGAAUGGAUGAGUGAAUUUAAAAAGGCUGCAAGAAUUAAUAGAUGGGAAACAGAUGCACAAAAGAGAAAUGCCAUGGAAAUAUACUUGAAAGAAGAUGCUGAAGAAUGGUGGUUAGAAUUAAUGGAUAAAAUUUGCAAAAGAAUUGAUGAUUUAACUCCAGAAAGAAAGGCAGAAUAUUUCUUAAGAGGAUUAACUCCAGAAUUAGCUUCACUUGCAUUGACUCAUGAAAAAGAAACAGUGGAAGAUAUUGUUAAUCUAAUUGAAAAGUAUGAGGAAGGAAGAGACAUUACUAAUAGAGUUGAACCCAAGAUUAAAAAGAGAAAAGAAAAGAGAUAUGAAACAGAAACUGAAUCUGAAUCUGAAAGUGAGGAAGAAGUUAAAAGAAAAAUUAAAAAGGAUUACACUAAAGAAAAAUUGAAAAAGAAAGAAGAAGAGAAAACUAAACCAGAGAAUGAUAUAGAAGAAGAAUCAAGAUGUUUCAAUUGUGAAAAAUUAGGACAUAUUAGUAGAGAUUAUGAUGAUGAUUUAAAGGAUAAAGUAACUAAAAAAUUGAUUGAAAUAUUAGUUGGAAAAUAUGGAAGAGAUAGUGAUAGUGAUGAAGAUUUCCAAACUAAGAAACUAAGAACUGAUAAUAUAAUAAAAACAACUUAUACACUUAUGGAAAUUCAACCAACAGAAACCUUGAAAACAUUUGAAAUUAAAUCAACAAAGAAUAACAAAAAAAAAAUGAAACCAAUUGCAUGGAAGAAAUCUGAAACAGUUGUUAAGAAAAACAAAAAGGAAGUGCCAUUAUUAUUGAGAGAACCAGAAUUUGAUAUUAAAAAGAAAUUAUUGGAAGCAUUAAGAAAGCCUAAAGAAUUUGAUGUUAAAUUAGUGAGUCAAAAUCUUAUACCUAAAACUACUGUGUUGGAAUGUCAAGUAGAAGUUGAUGGAAAUAAUAUAUCAGCAAUCAUUGAUAGUGGAGUAGCUACAAGUAUUGUCACUAGAGAUACAAUUGAACAAUUAGGGUAUGAACUAGAGAAAGCAUCAAAUUGUGAAAUAAUAACUGCAACUGGUGAAAGAAGUAAAUCAUUAGAAAAAAUUAGAGAUUUUCCUAUUACCAUUAAUGAAAAACAAAUACCUAUGGAUAUAGAAGUUAUGGAAAUAGAUUUUUACCACUUAUUAUUAGGAAAUAAUUAA